AUGCCUAGGCUGCUGUCUCCAGUUUCCAUACAGGCUGUGUGUCCGCACUGUGGGAACCACGCCAUCACGGUGACCACCCUGGUCCCGGGCAUCCUCACCUGGCUUCUGUGCACGGGCAUCUUCAUGGCUGGGUGUUUCAUGGGCUGCUGCUUCAUCCCCUUCUGCGUGGACAGCUUGAUGGACGUGAGGCACACGUGCCCCGUGUGCCAGCAAGAGCUCUUCUGCUACAAACGCCUGUGA